AGUACAGGUCCUGUAAUAGUAAGGUAGUAUUGUUUCCACAGUGGUAUUUAUUCUCCUCUGGAGGGGAGCACAGUUCAGCUGCCCUCCUCUUCCUCCUCUUCUUCAUCUUCCUGGAAACUUGUUGCGAUUGUGUCCUGGCACAAACAGCUAACGUUAGCCACCAGUAUCCAGCAGCAGGAACUCGUGCUCCGUCCACACACCAAUGAGAGGGACACUCAAAAGACAAACAUGCGCUUGGACAUUGACUGAUAUUUGGGUGGCCAGUUGUUCCUGAAUCCCUCUUGAACGCUCUGUGAAGCUCUCUGAUCUGAAAGGAGCAGUGAAGUGUCGGCUAUGGAUCCUGACCGACAGAAACGAAGAGAGGAAAUUCAGAAAGCGAUGAGCUUUAUCCAGUCGUCGUUGCCUUUCCCAGAGCCAGAGAGUUACGAGGCAUUUCUGACCCAGCUGGUGUGUAACUUGCUGGACGAGGGCAACUCCUGCUUCCGAGAUGGGGACUGGCGUCAGGCGAGCCAGCAGUACGGGGAGGGGAUCAGUGUUGCCCGCUACGCUCAGGCGGAGGCCCUCGUCAUCCCCCAUGAGCUGCUGGAGAGCCUCUAUGUCAACAGGGCCGCUGCCUACUACCAGACGAGGGAGUAUGAGCGGGGCAUUCAGGACUGUGACAGCGCACUCUGCGUGUUGGAAGGCAGUCGGCGAGCUUUAUACCGCAAAGCGAUCUGUCUGAGGGAGUUGGGACGACUCAGAGAGGCCUACGAGUGUGGAACCAAAUGUCUCCUCACAGCACCACACGACAGGCAGGUGAGUGACCUGGCUCAGGAUCUGGCCAAUAAACUGGGCCUGAAAGUCCGUAAAGCUUACGUCAGCCCACAGACAGAGUCCACCGCCUCAGAAGGAGAGAGUCAUGGGGAGACAUCCCCACCCACAGGAGAGAUGUCCUCCAAUGGGCUGGAAUCUCUGGGUGACAUUGGACAAGCGGACAUGUCUAAUGCGCAGUGCAUACCUGCUCCUUUGGCCACACCCAUCCCAGUCAGCGAUGACCCAGCGACCCCCGUGGUGACCCCGUGCACUGACCUGUCAGAGAGCCCCAGCAGCCAGUCCCUGCCUCCCAUGCCGUACUCCGUCCCCGUGUCGGAGCACAUGGAGGAAUGCAGUAGCAGCGUCAUCAAGGACGAGCUAGACAGUCUGCUGGAUUGCAUCCCUAAGAAAGUCAGUGAGAAUCCAGUCCAGGGUGCUAUCCCCACCAACCUCCCCAACACAGCGGUAGGGCUGCGGCCUCCAUACUCCCCAAGCCUUCCAGCUCCAUCACCACAGCUUCCCCCUGCCUUCUUCAGCUCCCCCAUCAGUGACAUGCCCUCUCUGGAGCCUUACUCGUCGCUGGGCCAGCGGGACCAGGGCUCAACCCAGGCGCAGGACGCACUGGGAGGCUUCCCCACGGGGGCCACGGAUGGAGAAGGGAAGGCAGGAGUCGCUGCUGGCGGGCUGGACUCGUUGUCUGAGUACACUCUCCCUGGGGGACGAGUGUGUCACAGCUUCAUCCCUGGAAUGCGCAACCACAGUGCUGCACAUGCAAAUGGUCCAGCAGGAACCAACCUGUCUCUGCUCUCCAGGAAUCCUCUGGCAGCCACACAUGAGUUUCGGCAGGCUUGUCAUGCCUGUUACAGCCGAAUAG